AUGUGGCCAGCAAAAUUAAUUAGAACUUAUUGUACUGCGGCCCAAGGUAGUCGAACAGUGCCUCACAUACCGGUGUUAUGCCAAGAAGCUAUUAAGUUCUUAAAUCCCUCACAACAACAAGUUUUCAUCGAUAUGACAUUUGGUGCCGGUGGUCAUACAAGAGAAAUUCUAAAUCGUCAUAAGGAUAUUAAGGUGUAUGCAUUGGAUCGCGAUCCCGUCGCUUAUGAACUGGCAAAAGAUAUGAGUAAUGAAUAUGAAGGACGUCUCGUUCCAUUGUUGGGUAAAUUUUCCGAUUUACCUCAACUGCUAGAUGAACAUAAUGUAAAACCUCAUAGUGUAGACGGUAUGCUUUUCGAUUUUGGCUGCUCUUCAAUGCAGUUUGAUGAGGCGGAACGAGGAUUCUCCAUUUCGAAAAACGGUCCACUUGAUAUGCGUAUGGAUCGUGGACAUAACAAUUCCGAACAAAUUACCGCUGCCGAUGUUUUGGCCAAAGCCGAGGAAGCAGAUCUGGUGAAAAUUUUACGUAUAUAUGGUGAGGAGAAGGGUGCCAAAAAGAUUGCUCGGGCCAUUGUUGAAGCACGUUCGGCAUUUCACAAAAUCGAAACCACCAAACAAUUGGCCGAUUUAGUGGCAACAUGCCUGAGUGAUACACCAUAUCGUAUGGACAAAAUGCAACGUCCCACCCAUGUUGCCACGAAAACAUUUCAAGCUUUGCGUAUUUUUGUUAACAAUGAAUUAAAUGAAAUUAAUUAUGGUAUGAUUUUGGCUAAUGAAUAUCUCAAACCCGAAGGACGUUUGGUUGCCAUCACCUUCCAUUCACUCGAAGAUACCAUAGUUAAACGUCAUUUGAAUGGUAAUGUUAUUGAAGGUUUGGCCAAUCCUGUACCGCUUAAAUACUGUGGUCAUGAUGUGACACACGAUAAGGAAUUGGUAGAAUCAUUUGUAUCAUCGAAUUGGAAACAAUUGAAUAAACAUGUUCUAGUACCCAGUCAUGAGGAGGUAACACGUAACAGUCGUAGCCGUUCUGCAAAAUUGAGAGCUGCCAUCAAAUUGAAAUAG